CUGCAUUACAUGGCACAUGGUGUGGCCAUGUUCACUUGGGCACGAUUGAUAAUUAUUAUAUUAAAUAUAUAUUAAUUACAAUAAGAUUUCUAAACACAUCACUGACACUGGUACCUAAAGAUAAGCAAAAUCCUUGGUCUGCAUUUAAGAGGGUAUCAGUUUGUAGUGGAAAGAAUCCUGUUGCAAAGAAACAGAGAAAAGAUGAGCCUUCCAAGGGCAUUAAUAAAGAAAUACUUGACCCGCAUAUAUGCCUGCAAUGUGGCAGUGAAAUAUCAAAGGGGCGAGGUUACAACAAAAAACGACAUUGGGUGCAAAAACAUCCUGAACAACCACCAGAGAGUUAUGCAAAGCAGAUUGUUCCAGAAAAACAUGACCUUGCUAGAAAACGCCUAGCAGAAAUGAUAGCCAAGGAGACUAGUGCUCUUCAAUCAUCAGAAACGAACAGUCCAUCAACAUUUACACCAAACCUCAAUGAGGAAGGCAGCAACGAAGCAAGCAGUUCAACCAAUCAACAUGAUACAGAUGGUAGUUCCAUUGCUAUCCAAAGAUCUCUACAGAGUUUCAUGGUGGCUAAAGAGAAACCAGAGGUGUCAUCAGUGGAGCAGAUACAAGGUGACAUUAAUUGUAUUCUAGUGAUGCUGGAAUCUCUAACUCUCCCUGAAAAGGACAAAAAGCAGGGUGACGUUCAUGUCAAUCAUGAUGUGACCGCUGUAAUAAUAACUGCCUCAAAUCUGUUAGAAUUAAGAUCUGGAUGUUGUUAUUGA